AUGAACAGGCUGCUGCUACGCCCGGUGGCGCGCGCAAUUCGCGUGCAGAGGUCUGCAGUGUGCACUGCUAGCGCAUCACGGUCUCUCAUCGCAUCGCAAUGUCGGAAAUUCAGUUCUACGAGUCCAGCGAACAAGCGGAAGACGCCCAAAAACAUGCCGACUGCCGACUUUUUCGACGAGAUCCCAGCGGAGGUGGUGGAGAAAGCAUCAGAGGUACAGUUGGGUGCCACGACGCCUAAACCAGAGCCCACGGAUGCUUCAAUACCAACUGCGAAAAUAGAGUCCAAACCACCAUCGAAACCUAGUUCCAAAGGGGAAUCUUCAUCCUCCAUAUCUCAACUAUCAUUUAACCCCGAACACUACUUCUCUUCCUGGUCCUCACCUCAUGUCCACGAGAUUUUGGCCUCGCAGGAAAUGUCGCUAUUCGACUACAUUGCCACCGCCAUUCAAACACCCACGAGCUUCGAGGUCAUCGCCAGCCUCGAAACCCAAUCCAAACUCGAGUUUGACAAGCGUUGGACAUUGUACGAAGCGGAACACGGGCAAGGCGAAGUCGUGAACAACAUGAAGUCGCUCCUCCCGGUCUUGGACUUCUUCCUGCACCGCGGCUUGCAAAUACGACCACCAUCUCAGGACCUCGUGCAUCUGCUGAAUCCAAUCGACAAUUCCGGGGAGUUCGACCUUGAUGGCGUAUUUGUCUCCAAAAUCGACCCGGCCACGGUGGAGCAGGCGUACGCGGUGGCGAAGGAAGGAGACUGGCAGGCCCCGAAGUUUAAACUAAAACAUUUUCCGACCCAAUUCAAUGACUAUCCCGACCUCAUGACGCCCGAUGCUCUGCUCGACCCACGCGACGUGACCGAAUUCCCUCCUUCCAAAGAUAGCCCCUUCCACAACCGCGUCAUUGUGCGCAACCACCGCUCCGUCUUCCACAACUAUGCUGAGGGCGUCUCGGAGGACCUGCUCGAGGACGACGAGCUUCCAGAGAAUGAGGGCCAGGAUACCGACGAGAUGCUCAAGGCCCUACCUGUGCCGACCAAGUACUACAUGAACCUGCACCAGUCGAUCCUCAUGCGCCGCUCCGUCGUUCAGCAAACAGGCAAGGGCAAAAUUCGCCGUGUGGCGUUCAUGGUGCUCGUUGGUGAUGGGAACGGGCUGGUCGGAUACGGCGAGGGAAAGCACUCGAACGGGUCCGUCGCGCUGAAGGCUGCCCGCCUGGCAGCGGUGAAUAACAUGGACUGGGUCGAGCGCUUCGAGAAGCGUACGAUCUGGACGGAGAUGAGCACCAAGCUUGGGGCGACGCAGAUCAUCCUCCGCCCACGACCUGUUGGUUUCGGCCUUCGCUGCAACCCUUUCCUACAUCGUAUCUUGCGCGCGGCGGGUCUGAAGGAUAUUAGUGCGAAGGUCUGGGGUAGCAGGAACAAGCUCAACGUCAUUAAGGCGGCAUUCAGGAUGCUCCAUGCUGGGCAUGCGCCGACGAGUAUGGGCGACGGUAUUGGAGGAAAGGGCAAGAAGCUCAGCAAGGGUGGAGGUUUGAAGAGCAAGAGUGAUGUAGAAAGGGCAAGGGGUAGGAAGUUGAUCAACCUCCGGCUAUGA